AGAAAGGGAAGUGCUGCUCGAUGUCCCAGCUAGAUAGAUGUUUACUGUUGUCUCCAUAAUCACUCAAUCAUGAUGCAAAAUUGAUCUUCUGAACGUCUGUUUUAGAGUGACAAAAAACAACAACAACCGGAGGAGUCGUUUUCUUUCCCAGUUUAGACUGUUAUCAAUUUUUGAACACUUUGCUGCAUUUGGAGCUUUUACUGUUCUGCGAUUAAGAAGUGUUAAUAUUGGACUUUUUUUUUUUUUUUUUUUUUUUUGCCCGUCCCCGCCGCCAACCUGAAGUUCAUCGUUGUUAUUUUGGCCGCCGGGAUGGUGGCCUUCAUCGGAGCGGUUAUCUGCAUCAUCGCCGCGGUUCACACCGGAUCCUCCAAGUCUGCUGCUGGUCAGCGACAGCCCGCUGCCGAUAACCACUCUCUGUAUCCGGACGCCGCUGCGCAGACCCCCGCUGCCGCAGGGGGCUCUAUGGCCCGACCUGGAUCUCUGGGAGCUCUCCAUGGUUCUGAAACCCCCGAUUCCGAAAAGCCAACCUUUAACGUUGGCCUCGGUGGCCUGGACGGGGUCAGCGGACUCACGGGACACGACCCCACGGUCAGCCGACUCAUCUGCACCCCGGUCCCCGCCGGAGGGUGUAACACCAGGAACUUUCAACAACAAGCGGAUGAUCCAUCGCUGUACGCCGGGGAAGACUGGGGAUACCUCCGGACCACGGCGGAGGAGCUCCGUCAAACCGUUCUGCAGCAGAAGGACCAGAUUUUAACUGACCAGAGGACCAUCACGGAGCUGACAGGAAAGCUGUCUGAGUGCGAGAAGGGGCUCGGAGGCAGGAGCAUCCUGGAGAGACGCGGGAACCCCUCCGCGCUGAGAGGCGAGCUGCACUUGGAGCGGAUGAUGGUUCGGGACAGCCCGGACUCAGCGCCAGAAGGGGUCCAUCUGCUCACGGUUGGAACCGUGGAUGAGCUUGAACAAGCCAUUAUUCAACUAAAAGACCGUAUAGAUAAACUGGAGACAGACAUUGGUCCGUUUUCUCACAACCGCACAGACAGCAAAUCCUCAGAAGCAACAGAGGAAGAUGGCCCAGGGAGGUCAGCUGAACUGGGGCGCAGCGUCGGCUGGGAGAUGGAUGACUUGGAAGGAGAGCUGGAGAGGAAGGUGGAGCUUCUGGGGAAGGAGAGAAAAGCCCUGAGGCAGGAAGCAGAGAAACACAGACAAGAAAUCGACCACAGCAUCAGUAAACUGCAACACAAAAUGUUAGGACUGGAGGAAGGUGUUGCUGGGCAUUCCUUCCCCGAAGGCUUUAGGCUGUCCUUCCCAGCUCGGACCAACUACAUGGUUGCUCUUAUGAGACACUCCAUCCCGAAACUACGGUCCUUCACCGCCUGCCUGUGGCUGCGGCCGGCGGGCGCGGGAAUCGGGACCCCUCUGUCUUAUGCUGUCCCCGAGCAACCCAAUGAGUUGGUGCUGCUUCAAGGCCUGCACACUCCAACUGAGCUCCUCAUCAAUGACAAGGUGGCGAAGCUGCCUCUGAACCUAUCUAAAGGGAGCUGGCAGCACAUCUGUGUGAGCUGGACCCAGAAAGGUGGAGCAUGGCAGGCCUUCCAGGGAGGAAAGCUGAGGGGUGAGGGCCAUGGAUUGGCCCCUGGACAUCACAUCAGACCUGGGGGACAACUAAUCCUUGGGCAAGAGCAGGACACGUUAGGUGGAGGUUUUGAUUCAACCCAGGCUUUGGUCGGAGAGCUGUCUCAGGUUGGCCUCUGGGAUCGGGUUCUGUCUUCUGCCCAGGUUGCCAGCUUGGCUCGAUGCAGCAGAGUAACCCAGGGUAUUGUGGUCCCCUGGAACGAAAACGGCGUUGAAGUUUACGGCGGAGCCACCAAAGACCCAGGAGAGCCUUGUAGUAAACACAGCAAAACCCUCAGUGACUGAUAAAGAAUGGAGGGAAAAGAUGAAUUCUAACCAGUAUAAUCGCUGAGUCAGAAUGUGACUAAGACAAUAAAUGAGGCAUCAAGGGAAAUAAUAUUUGUUCAUAUUGACGUAAAGCGGGUACAAAGUUUGCAGUAACUUCAUAAUCUUAACUGGAUCUCCAGAGAUUUUAUGAAGGUAAAAAGAUGCUUUCCAGCAUAAUAAAAAAUUUCUACAUAAAUAAAACAGAAUAGUUGAUAUUGUUUAAUUAGGUGAAAACAGAAUCACAGUUUUCAAUAAAUUCUUCUAAAUAGCUACUGGUUUACUAUUCAGACAGCCACAAAGUGAGUCAAAUAUUUUAAUAUUUAAAAUCUUCACUGUAGUUUUCAGAUACAAAAUAUAAUUAUCAAGAAUUUUGUCACUUUUUUAAAGUAAAAGAGGUAAGCUACUGAAAAAGCAUUAUAGUCAGCACCUUUCAAUCAAGUUAAUUGUAGCGUGCUAAUGCUAACGUUAGCCCGCUUAUGUUAAUUUCAGGCUUAUUAAAAUCUCUGAGCAUAGUAAGAGUUUCACCUGCCUGAUAAGUGAGAUUAUAUAAAUAACUAGGAAAAUGUGAAAACAAAUUUUAUUUUAACCCACUUUAAACAAAAUAACCGUAAAGCAAAAAUAAAAAAUAUAAACUAAGCCACGUCUCUAGCUUUUAUUUGUUUGUAUAAAAACAAGGACUCUAACACAAGUUUACUUUGACAUGGAAAAUAUAGAGGAUUUUGGUAACAUACACACUAUGCAUCACAUUAUGACCACUGACGGGUGAAGUGAAAAAUGUCGGCUUUCUCUCAUGCCGCCUGUCAGUGUCUGGGAUGCUAAGCAGCAAAGUAGAUUUGCUCCUGAAAGGUGGUGUCAUUGAAGAGGGAAAAAGGGGCCAGCAUAAUGGUUUAAGCAUUUCUGACAAAGGGCAAAUUGGAAUGGCUGGACAAGUGGGUCAGAGCAUCUGCAAAGCUGCAGCUUUUGUAGUGUUCCCAGCCAGCAGUGCAUAUCAAAGAUAUUUGAGGAAAAGACAGAGUUGAAAAAGCAUCAGUGUCAUUGAUAGAGAAAGCAAUAUUGCUGCAGAUAGUGACUUAAAGGGGUCAUAGAAUGCAAAACCGAGUUUACAUGAUCAUAGAUAAAUAUGAUAGAUCAGAGGGUGAAAUGGACGUACAGAGAAGUUCAAACCCCAUCGACACCUCCUUUCUCUGCAAAUCUCACAACUCUAAACUUCCAUCACGCUACUGGUGGAAAUCUACCCUGCCGGUGUAUAGUCGGGUUUGGUCGCUCCGUUCCCGGACCAGCCCCAGAGCUGGCGGCCUCGGUCCCGCUGCACUGUAUUUGACCAAAAUCGCGAACGAUUUUGAAAUUCCCCUCAGACAUUUUUUUUAGGUAUGAAAAGUGGGACAUGUCCGGGAAAAAGAGGACGUCUGGUCACCCUACCAUAUCAACCAUUUGAUGUUUC